AUGUCUGAGAACCUCUCGAAUGAGUCGUUGACAUAUACCCUUGCCCCGCCACAAUCGGUUAAUAAGCCCGAAAGCCUCACUACCAGAAGCGUAAACGGCUCAGAUGUCACCGAACAUGAACCACGGGAUGGCAGCAACACCGCAACCCAAGCCUUGAGUGCUCUGGACGCUAUUCAACCAAGGAGAGAAAACAAUGCGAAGUACACGGUCAUCAAAUGGCAUCUUAACGACCCCGAGAACCCACAUAAUUGGUCAUUUCUCAAAAAGACUUAUAUCCUUACCUUGACAUGCAUGCUCGUCGCCAAUUCAACAAUGGGCUCCGCCCUGCCCUGCAUGGCAAUGCCCGAAAUCGAGGGCACUUUUGGCUCCCUCUCGCAGGAAGAGAGGGUUUUGCCCAUUUCCAUCUUCCUACUCGGAUACGUCUUUGGGCCUGUCAUCUGGGCGCCGUUAAGUGAGCAGUUUGGCAGAAAGUAUCUCACUACAGCGACGUUUCUGGUCUUUGCCCUCUUUACCAUGGCUUGUGCCUUGUCCCCGACUUGGUCAUCGUUGCUGGGAUUCCGGCUAUGCUGUGGGAUAUUUGCCAGUGCGCCCAUAGCCGUGGUAGCUGGCAUACUGGCGGACAUAUAUGGCGAUGCGCGCGUUCGAGGCAAGGCAUAUUCCGCAUUCUUAGUUACAACUGUAUUUGGACCCAUCUUCGGUCCAAUAGUCUCAGGCUUCGCUUCACCAGUUAUCGGCUGGCGCUGGGCAUUCUGGAUCGCCCUCCUCUACGCAGCCGUCACAUUCAUCAUGCUUCUCUUCCUCCCAGAAACCCAUCACGCAAUCCUCCUCGCCCGCCGGGCCAAAAAGCUCCGUCAGCAAACUCAAUCCUCUAACAUCGUCGCACCUCGGGACCUCGAAACAAUCGACCUCCCCCAACUCAUCAGCAAAGUGCUCACCCGGCCCCUGCGCAUGCUCUUCUUCGAGCCCGUCGUAGCCGCUACAUGUGCCUACCUCGCGCUCGCCUACGCCAUCUUCUACAUGUCCUUUCAAGCCUUCCCCAUCAUCUUCCUCCACCACUACGACCUGCAACCUGGCAUCACAGGCCUCUGCUACUUACCCAUCGGGGCCGGCGCCAUCCUCAGCAUGAUAUCUUUCUGGUCCUGGGAUAACUACGUCGCCCGCGCGGCUGCCCGCGGCGCAGAAUGGACAAAGAGCGACGAAUACCGGCGUGUCCCUCUCGCCACCAUCGGCGGCCCCCUAUUCGUCAUAUCACUCUUCUGGCUGGGUUUUACCUCAAAGCCAAGCAUACCCUUCUUUGUGCCGAUGCUCGCUGGCCUACCCUUCGGCAUGGGCUUCCAGCUCAUCUUCAUGACACUGCUAAACUACCUGACAGACGCGUAUGAAGUAUACGCUGCGUCAGCGAAUGCCGCCGCGUCCGCUACACGGUCUUGCCUGGCGGUGGUAUUGCCACUAGCUACGAAGGCCAUGUGCGAUAAACUAGAUAUAUCGGGUGCGUGUGCCGUCCUGGGAGGUCUAAGUGCUGCCAUGAGUGUCAUUCCUUUCAUUUUCUUGUGGAAGGGACAGGCUAUUAGGAAUAGAUCGCGGUUCUGCAUUGCCCUGCGACAGAUGAAGGAGGAUGUGGCGCGCAAGGCUGAACAAGAACGCAGGGAGAAGGAGAUUUCGAGUGAUGAUGUUUAA